GUGGGAGUAUGUGACGACAUUAUUUCUCAAGCGUAGAGUAGAUAACAGGCUAAACAACAUUCUUAAAUCAUAGACUGCUUUUAAAACAGUCAGACUGCAAUCACACAAUCAAGGAGUAAGAACGUUUUAAGCUGAUAUUGUGUUUAAAAGGAGGAAAAGAAGGCUGUAUGGACCAUGUGUUACUCACACAUUGAGCUUGGUGUUGCUCCUGAAAUUACAAAAUCAUGGUUUACUUUCUCCUUGUUGUCUUUGGACUUUUGUCCUUCACAUCAAGCCAAAUAUCUCACCAGUAUCACUUCAUAAAUAUCAGAAAGAACUGGACUGAGGCUCAGAGAUUCUGCCGUGAGAUGUACACUGACCUGGCGAGUGUGAAUAAUGAAGAUGAGAUGAACAGAUUGUUCAUAACCAUAACUGAUAAUUCAUAUGAUGUGUAUGCUGGACUUUAUAGAGGUGAAGUGUUCAGAUGGCACUGGACCCUGCCAGACAGUGUGUACAAUGAAAAGACAUUCCAAAACUGGGAAAAAAAUCAACCAGAUAAAAAUAAUAAUGAGGGCUGUGCUGCAAUGGACAACAACGGGAAAUGGUUUAGUGAUAGCUGUGAUACACAAAGGCAAUUUGUUUGCUUUAAUGCCACUAAAACAUAUAUCCUGAUUGAGAAGAACAAAUCCUGGAGGGAGGCCCAAGAAUUCUGCAGAACUUUUCACACAGAUCUAGUGAAUGUCAGAACUUCCUCAGAAAAUCAAGAUGUCAAGAACACUGCAAAAAAAGAUGUAUGGAUUGGACUAUUUAAAGACCCUUGGUUGUGGUCAGAUCAGAGAAACUCUUCUUUCCGUUUCUGGAAUUCAAGUCAGUUAAGUAACAACAGAAGAGACCGGGACUGUGUUACAGUGAUGGUGAACCAAACAGGGCAAUGGAAUGACGUUGAAUGUAACACCACUCAGCCCUUCAUCUGUCACGGUGAUCUGAAAUCUCAAUCAACUACUAAACCAGCUACUACUGAUACUGAGGGGGGACAUAGAAGCACACAACCAACACAAAUACUCACUACAGGUGCAGAGCAAGCUACUACUGAUACUGAGGGGGGACAUAGAAGCACACAACCAACACAAAUACUCACUACAGGUGCAGAGCAAGAUAACCUGAUUCUGGUCCGUGAGAAUCUGACGUGGACCGAAGCUGUGACUUACUGCAGAAAGCACCACGUGGACCUGGUCUCCAUUCACAGUGAGGAGCUUCAGAACAGGGCAGCAAGAAAAGCCAUCCAGGCCUCCACUUCUCAUGUAUGGCUGGGUCUCCGUUACACCUGCAGGUUCAACUUCUGGUUCUGGAUAAAGAACAGAGAAGCAGGCUGCUACCAGAACUGGGCGCCUGGUCAUGGGCCACAUGGGUAUGAGGAGUGUGGGCUGUCAGGAGCUAUGGAGUCCACUGGGGGGCACCGUUGGGUCGGGAGGCCAGAGAGUGAAAGACUCAAUUUCAUCUGCCAAAUAUGUACUAAUGCAUUUUAAAGGCAGGGUAGGUGAUGUGGUUCAAAAACAUUUUUUGUUAUGUUGGUUGAAAGUCUCUUCACAUCCCGAUAGCAACCACCAAGUUAAGUGGUCUAAAUUUAUUUAUAUGUAGUUUGUGGAAAGCAUAGGACCAUAAAAUGUUCGUCCAGUCAAAAUGUUCGGUCUGAACAUUACAAUAGGCUGCCUUGCCUGUCUGUCAAAAUAUGUAUUUGCAUACCUCUGCGCACCCUGUUUGCGCAGACAUGAUAUGUCAUCAGCACGUUUCACUGAGAAAGAAUAGUUAAAUGCAUUCAUGUCCUGCAUUAAACAUUGUGUAAAUGCGUCUAAAUCCCACUUCUAAUGCAGCUUCUGUGUUUUCUCUGCAGUGCAAAGAUUAAUUUUGUCAAUACUGAUUUCAUUUGCUUGGUAAUAGCUUAAAUGACUUAUUCUAACUGACUGAUUCAAUAGAAGAAUUUGACUGAAAAUAUGAUGCACACUCAUGCAGGGCUUUAUAAAGGUAAAUAUGCCCAUAAAAGGUAAAAAAUAUAUUUAAACUUAUUGGAAAAUAUUAAUUUAUAUCACUGCUGUCCACAGUAGUCCUUAAAAUAUCAGCACAAUAACACACUCAGCAAAAUAUCGUUAUCGAUAAAAUCCCAGAAAAUAUUGAUAUAUUUUUUGUCAGUAUCGCACACCCCUAAUAUAUUUACCAUUUUGUUUAGAAAAAAAUUAAAUAAAUAUGAGAAGUGCCCUUUUUUCCACUUGAGCCCCUGCCCCUCAAAAUGUCUGUGCAAGUCCCUGUCUCUACAUGACUCUAUAGCAGUAGUUCCCAACCUGGGGGGCGCGGGAGCAGAUAUACUUUGAGGUAGGGCUGGGCGAUAAAACGAUAACUACAAUUAUAGUGAUAUAAUUUUCUCGAUAAAACAAGUUCGAUAAACAUUCAAUGUAAUGUUUAUGCAGGAAAAGCGGAACAAAACAGCGCUACUCAUUUGAACAGCGCCACACGGACCAUAUCCGCUCGGUUCAAACAGCAGCGCAGCGCAGAGCGGUUUACUCACCGAUCACGCAACCACUAGACAGCGCUGUGAGAUCCAGUGAGAAGCGCUUGAAUUCAGCGAAGAACACAAAUGACUGGUAUAAACUAGUAUCAGUCGAUAUCAGUCAACUGAUAUAAACUAGUUUAAAUCCAGAUAAAACAGCGCUGAAAAAACAGCAGAAAAACACUGUGUGCAACGAUACAGUCAGAAGGCUUUUCGAUCUACAAAUCGCCAUCGUUUACCAGGGAUUUACGGUAGUAACAUUAACUGCACCAUGGUAUUGUGGCAGAAAUGUGUGGUAUUUAUAUCAAAUGUAUUAUAUUAACGUAGACGUGUAUUAAAGGAGUAAUGGAAUGUAAUUACACUAUAUUUGUGAUUAAGCUAUAGGCUAGCGUUUGUGUAUUUAUAAUAAAUGUAUUAAGACUACUGUUUUACAUAUAAAUUGGCUACCUAGAAACCAUAUAGUUGGAUUUUUACCACAGUAUUGAGGUACUAUAUGUGUGGUUUUAACUCUGGUUAUCAUGAUGUAAAUGUAUGCUACUAUGGAAGAACAAUGGUUAAUUUGAAUAAAACUCAAAUAGUCAGAAAAAAUAAAAUUUCACCAUUUAAAAAAGAA